AUGCCAAACAGAAGAAGAUCCACAGGCCCUAGAUCAGCACCAAAGCUGUUUAAAUGUACUGGCUAUGGUAACUGUGACAUGGUAUUUACUCGUAGCGAACAUCUAGCAAGACACGAAAGAAAGCACACUGGCGAGAAACCUUAUGAAUGCAUUGUCCCUGGCUGCAAUAGAAGGUUCAGUAGAUUUGACAAUAUGAUGCAGCACACCCAGACACAUGAAAAGACCAAAAGAUCCUCCUCAACCACUCUCCAUUCUACUGCUAAAUCUGCUAAAUUAAAUCAAAAACCUUCAAGAUCGCCCACUCCGAUUAAAUCUGAACCAUCAACCUCUCGAUACACGCUUUCAUAUCCCACAUCUGAUUUUAACGACAACAAUAACAAAGAAGAUGUACCUGCAUUAGAACAUUCGUCCAUGGUUGACAGCCGAAAAUUGCCUUUACCAAGAAGAGCCUCUUUGACUUGCACUUCUACCACAUACAACCUACCUCUUACUUCUGCUUCUUUAAUGUAUCCAACCCCUCAACAACAGCUGCAAAAUACGCCUCGCAACCGCUGCUCAUGGCCAAUUAGGAGAGAACCUUCGUUCUAUCAGCAGCCCUAUCAGCCUUAUUCUACUGCGAAUGAAAAUCCUCAUCACAAUUCUCGCCGUAGAUCAUCUACAUCUACUUUAUCUUCAGAGUCAACUUUGGUAUCACCGGUUUCUGCCACAUUUCCUGCCAAUAGCCAUAUCAGAAGAAGAAUAUCCAUUGAAGAUCUCCGUUUGCCAAUUGAACAUUUGAAGAGUAUUCAGUUAGAAGAAAAGCCUAAAUUGGAUGCUGUCGAUAUCACCUCUGAUGAAUAUGAAGCAUUGGAAGGGUUCAGCCAAUUUCAUACAAGAUCAGUAGUUGCUCAAACGCCAUUAUCUCCCACAGAACUGACGCCAUCGCCCAUCUUGAGGAAUGAAAGCCCAAAUUUUGCCUCUCAAGUUUGUGCAAUGAGACAGCGUGUAAUGACGUCGAAUGAGUCCUUCUCAAGAGGUUAA